AUGGCACCCAAACAAAUCCGCGUCGUCCGCCUCGCACACGUUGUCUAUCAACAUCCAGACUUGGACAAAGCCUUGUCGUUUCUCUUCGACUUCGGCUUCGUCGAAGCACACCGGACACCAUCUGGGGACCGAGUCUAUCUCCGCGGCUAUGGCGUACAACCCUUCGUCUAUGUGGCUGAGAAAUCCCCCGACUCCAGGCGCCAUUUCAUGGGCGGAUUUUGGGCCGUCGACACGCUGGAGGACCUAGAAGUUGCUGCUUCCUAUCCGAAAGCAUCACCCAUUACCGAGUCUGAUGCUCCGGGCGGGGGGAAAUUCGUCACGAUUGAAGAUCUCAAUGGAUUGCGCGUUGGAUUCGUUUAUGGUCAGAAAUUACGAGAAAAGGAUGAACUGGUACCAUCAAAUCUGGAAAAAACGACCCCGAUCCCUAAUCAAGCUAUGGAGAAGCCGCGGAAGGGCACAUUUCGCAGAUUCAAGCAGGGCCCGAGCCCCGUGCAUAAGCUGGGACAUUAUGGCUUCGUGGUCCCCGGGAGUAAAUUCGAGAAGACACUCGAGUGGUAUACGAAGUUGAUGAAUCUGAAACCAUCGGAUGCGGUGUUCAAUCCGACAACGGGCAAGGAUGAGACGUGUUUCUGCCAUAUUGAUUUGGGAGCGGAAUGGGUUGAUCAUCACAGUUUCUUCCUCGCAUCCGGUCCCGAAGGGCCUCCCGUACAUAUCCAUCAUUCGAGCUACGAAAUCAACGACUUCGACACUCAGACUCUGGGACACGACUGGCUCCGCGCCAAAGGAUGGACGAACUGCUGGGGUAUCGGACGACAUGUACUUGGAAGUCAGAUCUUUGAUUAUUGGUUCGAUGGCUCCGGAAACAUCGUCGAACACUACAGUGACGGCGACCUAGUGAAUGAAGGCACACCCUUUGGAAGAGAGGCUGCGGCCCCGGACACGUUACAUGUGUGGGGACCGAAUAUUCCAUUGGCCUUUUUGUCGGGGAAGAUCGAGGAUGCUGGGAAGGAAUUGCCUAUGCCCGAGGCCCCGGAUGUAAUGGAGGGGAAGCCAGCCAAGUUGCCUGCGCGACCGGUCGUGACGGCAUAA